GAUAAUGUGACAGCCCCCCCCAACCCCUCCCCCCAUGAACUGAAGGCGCGCCACGUGAACCAUCAAGCUGUCAUAAAUAAAACAACAGAGAGAGGAGGAAAACAGUGAAGAAAUCCUACAACCUCUGGCCCGACCCAUCUGCCUCCUCAACAGUGAUCUUUUAAUACCGUGCUGCACGAACCUAACCUGGGUGAAUCUUACCUUCAAGUUCUAUCUCCAGAGUUAAGUUUAUUAUGAUCAAGUUUAAUUGUGGUGUUAAGUUCCAUAUACUGAGUUGGACUAAUAACCCGGGUGAAUCUUAUCUUCAAGUUCUAUCUCCAGAGUCAAGUUUAUUAUGAUCAAGUUUAAUUGUGGUGUUAAGUUCCAUAUACUGAGUUGGACUAAUAACCCGGGUGAAUCUUAUCUUCAAGUUCUAUCUCCAGAGUCAAGUUUAUUAUGAUCAAGUUUAAUUGUGGUGUUAAGUUCCACAUACUGAACUUUUGACUAGCAACCUGGGGUCCAUCUUACACCUAAGUUUAUUUGCUGCUUAAAGUUACAUAUUGUUAAAGAAAAGUUCGAUGUCUUGGUGGUAAGGGAAGACAGUAUUACUUUUUCAGGAAAGUUCAAAUAUUUUAAUAAAUCUCAGUUCGCUGGUGUAAUCCGGAGCAUCAAAGAGAACUAAGAUCAAGUUCAGUUUGUUGUAUAUUACUCUACAUGAUAACAGCAGAAUGUCCACUCUCGCUGUCUGAAGUUGCUGGAAUUAUCUACUGCACAAAACAAAACUGUAGUCAAGUUCAAGAGAAAACAGGUGGGAGCCUUUCAAUGGCCUCCUGUAGGGUAACACAAGCUUUCUUAACUAUCAAGUAUUACCUGGACCAGAAAUAUCUAUUCCCCCAAACAUGAGAGCAACACACGGAACAUCCUCAUUACAAGGUGUGGUCACCGUGGUCGCCGUGGUGGUAGUGGUGGUCGGGCAGAAUACAAGCUACCACCACAAACAACCACUUCCUAUCAACCCGAGGGACAAGACAAGUCAUACCAGUAAUAGCACUAAAAUCAGCAGCAGCAGCAAGAUGGACAGCAACAGUGGGAGUACAGGUAGAGGCAGAAACAGCAACACAGACAACAGCAGCAGCGUUAGGAGAGUCGGGGUGGAGGUGUGGUCGAGUUUCAGUGGGUGGAGUGUGAGGGUGGACGGGUGUCACCACCACCUGACCUGCCACACCUCUCCCCCGCUCGUCAGUAAGGGCUUCACCUUGCCCCCGGAGGACGCCCGCCCCCACCCACCUACCCUCGACGAGGGCGUCACCCUCACCGUCCUCAACCAACGAAAAUCUUCCCUCAUCUUCCACAGGGUGUUCCCGCUCGGCCAGUACUGGGCACACUGGGCAGACCUGGAGUGGCACUUGAGUCGGGUGGCACCGGGACGCAUCGUCGUCAUGACAGUGGCAGUGUCUGGCACUGUAGGACUUCGUGACGUCGCCCGACGCCUCGACCAACUUGGAUCACUGUUCGCACUCCACCUCACGCCCAUGGCUCACUGGACAUGGGUCUUUGUCAAGGGCGGACGUACCAUCUCCGAGACGGCUAUUAUCCAAGGCUACGCCCCACAUCACGCCCACCUUAUCCUUCCACUCUCACACCUAACAACGCCGCCCACCUCAUUCAGCAAGAAUCAAGAGCUGCGACAGCAGCGUUGGCAGUACUGUGAAGCUCACGGUGCCAUGGGCGGCCUCUGUGACGAGGACACCCCCGACCCACUACCUGUGCCCCCUCCUCCGCCUGUGGCCCAGCAGUGGGCUCUGGAUGGGGUGCCCGUGGUGGUGACGGCAGGCAACAGACACCAGUACCUCUACCACACCCUCACCACCCUCCUCACCACACCUGGGGCACAACACAACAACAUACUCGUCGCCCUCGGUGACGCGCCACAACCCACAACACAACUCCUCCGUCUACUCAACAUCACCUUCACUAAACUUGUCGUACACGGUAAAGACAACAACAAGCUCUUCCGUUACUACCGCAGCGUCUUCCAGUACGUCGCCCGCACCUUCCCCGACGCUCCGGCAGUCAUCAUCCUCGACGAAGACGUACAAGUCUCUCCAGAUUUCUUCUCCUACAUGAGCCAGACGCUCUGGCUCCUCUACCAUGACCCGACACUCUACUGCAUCAACGGCUAUGGAGGGACGAAGGAUCUUUCUCAUGACGAAACUAAAAUAUUACGAGGAGAUAACCAGGUCUCGUGGGGUUACGCUAUUUCACUUGAUUUCGUUCGAGAGGCCUUACAACUAUGGCCUUCCCCCAGGCCAGGUAGAACCUUUAUCUAUGAUUAUUGGCUGUACAGUAACAUUGCUGGAACGCGUGAGUGUGUAUUUCCUGACGUCAGUCGCAGCCGACAUUUUGGCAUAGGAGUCAAUACUGUCCCCUGGGUCAAAGAAAACAUAUUCCAGCUUAAUCCUUUGGUGGAGAAGAGCGGGGUGUUGCUGGCAGAUGUUGAGCGUGUACAGCUGUCAGUGUGGAGCCGUGAUCUGGCUGCCAACAUCAGAGACGCCACACCCAUCCUUCACAACCCCUGUGACAAAACUUUCCUCCCUGAUCCUCGGCAGCCAUCCACCUACGUGUUCUACCUCAAUAUGACCAGGAAGGCAGACGACUCUCCUAACAUCGAUGACUACUUCUGCGUGGCCCACUGCCUCGGGGCCUGGAGCUUCUCUCCUAUGGGCCUCCACAAAGGUGUCAAGACACUUCGGCCCUCCACCCACGCUACACUCCACCUAGUAGGUGUCCCUUAUUCCCCUUACUCUUAUCUCCGUCCACCUCACAUCCCAGUGUGGUCUAUGGCAACUCUUACUCCACCUCAGAAGGAAGUUCUUAAUGACCGCAUCAAAAACAGAACUCCAGUGACCAUGGCCAACACUAACCUGACCAUAGAACAAGUUAUGAAUACACUCUCGGGGUGUGACGUGAGUGUCUUGUCUGGUGCACUGUGUUGGUGAGCAGGGACACAACCUAAUCAUAUCUAAGUUACUUAGACAACAUUUUGAGUAAAAAUAUCAGUAACAGUUUUCCUGAAUCCUUCUGUGAUGUCAUAACUGCACCUAGAUUCACUCUUCGUUUUCAAUGUGUUUAUUUAUGAUCAAAUUGUAAAUCGUAAAGGUAUAAAUUGACUUCUAUAUUUGUGUAUGAAAAAAUCUAGAAAUAAAAAAAUCAUUAUUUAUAAAGUUAAUCUAUUUAUAGUAAAUAACUAUUAUCACCUAAUGUGCUUUACCAGACUAACUAACACACGGAGGGAGGCGUAGUAAAAACUUGCCACACAUAACAGCCUUGAACUAGUGACCAUCAGGACCCGUCGGCAGUGCACCCUACAACUUCACUUUUGAUUUUCUUUUCCAACACCUGUAAUUACCUUCACAUAUCUAACCAGACUUAAUGAUAUAAUGCUUAUCCCCUCCAGAGUUCCUGCGCCCGAGCUCCUACUCAGUUCUUACUCAACAUUCAUACUUGCCAAGCUCACUUAUGCCUCCCCUGCCUGGUCUUCCGCCCAAAAUGACACACAACGGAAACACCCAGAAAAAGUGCAGACGAGGGCGUACAAGAUUAUUCUCUCCCUCCUACUCCACAUAUCAAGAAGCGCUCAACACCCUGAUCCUCUCGGCUCUCUCUGA